UGACAUACGGCAUGACCAGCUCCAGCACCUACUACUUCACUAAAGCCAUGACAGACCUGUUUGUAAAUUCAGCCGGGGACGCCGGGGUCAGCUUUCAGUCCAUCGGCACCAUGAAUGAUUUCUGGACCUUUGCCCAGGGUCCACUCCUGGAUGGUCUCUACUGGACAAAGUGGUACAACGAGCAGCCAAUCAACAAUGGAAACCAGUCCUUCAUCUACUACGAGAACAUGCUGCUGGGCGUUCCCAGGAUGAGGCAGAUCAAGAUGAAGAACAACUCCUGCAAGGUCCACCAAGACUUCAGAGAGGAGAUCUUUGGAUGCUUUGAUGUCUAUGAUGAAAAGAAGGAGGAUGACCUGAACUUCGGCCUCAUCAAUGGCACAGCCUGGACCUACCACACAGAGAAGGAGAUCAAAGGUUCUUCUCACUGGGGCUUGCUGAGCACCUACAGUGGAGCAGGAUUCUAUCAAGACCUGGACCGGACCAAAGAAAAGAGCGCUGAGAUAAUGAGCACGCUCAUGGAGAACUGCUGGCUGGACAGAGGAACCCGAGUAGUCUUCAUUGACUUCUCCACUUAUAACGCAAACAUCAACAUGUUCUGUGUCAUCAGUCUGAUGGUUGAAUUUCCAGCAACAGGUGGAGCGAUUCCGUCCUACCAGAUCCGAACAGUCAAGCUGCUUCGCUACGUCACCUACUGGGACUACUUCAUCCUGGGCUGUGAGAUGGUCUUCUGUGUAUUCAUCCUCUACUACAUUGUGGAGGAGAUUCUUGAGCUGCGGAUUCACAAGUUCUCCUAUCUGACAAGUGUUUGGAAUAUUCUGGAUAUCGUGGUCAUCUUGCUCGCCCUCGUCGCCAUCGCCUUCAACGUCUUCAGAACCAUCAAAGUUGACAACUUACUGGGCAAACUGCUGGAAAAUCCCAACAUUUAUGCAGAUUUUGAGUUUCUAGCGUUCUGGCAGACGCAGUACAACAACAUGAAUGCAGUGAACCUGUUCUUCGCCUGGAUCAAGAUUUUCAAAUACAUCAGUUUCAAUAAGACCAUGACACAGCUCUCCACUACACUGGGUCGAUGCGCCAAAGACAUCAUGGGAUUUGCCGUCAUGUUUUUCAUCGUUUUCUUCGCUUACGCUCAGCUUGGGUACUUGCUCUUUGGAACACAGGUGGACACCUUCAGCACCUUCGUAAAGUGCAUAUUCACACAGUUCAGGAUCAUCCUCGGAGACUUCAACUUUGACGCCAUCGAUCAGGCCAACCGGGUUCUCGGGCCCAUCUACUUUGUGACCUACGUGUUCUUCGUUUUCUUUGUUCUGCUGAACAUGUUUCUGGCCAUCAUAAACGACACCUACUCUGAGGUUAAGGAGGAGCUGUCCUCCCAAAAAGAUGAGCUCCAGAUUACUGACAUCAUCAAACAGAGCUACAUGAAGACAUUCAUGAGGCUGAAUCUAAAGAAAGACAAGAUAACAGACGUGCAGAAAGCUCUGCAGGCUGGAUCUGGAGAAAUUGAAUUUAAGGACUUCAAACAGACGCUGAGAGAAAUGGGACACACUGACCAGGAAAUAUCUGCAGCGUUCUCCCAGUUUGACCAAGAUGGGAACCAGGUUCUGGAUGCAGACGAACAGGAGAGGAUGAAACGGGAGCUGGAGGAGAAGAGGGAUGCCCUCAGUGCUGAACUGAACAACCUUGGAAAGAACUACGAGAAAGAAUCGGUGGAGAAAGUCUCCUUCACCUCGCAGGAGCAGAAGAGUCUCUCCAACCAAACCUUUGUGGAUCAACAACAGUUUCAAAGGCUGACCAAACAGGUUCUAAAGGUGGAAAUCUCAGUAGCAAACAUCACAUCCAGGCUGGAGAUGAUCAUGGCCCAACUGGGAUUACAAGAGAAGGUUAAGGGGGAAGGAACUGCAGCUGGUCAUGAUGCCAGAGUGACGAACGGUUUGCUUCCAUUCAGACCUGCUUCAAGUAAGGAAUCUGCAUCAGAUGCUCUAGUUCAUGUGGACAGAGAAACCAGGAGCCCAGCGGUCCUCCUCAAUCUGAACUCUCAGUGAGGAACAUGACAUCCAGAAAUUCCCUCUGACUCGUCGUGAAUGUCUGUCCAAAAUCCUGCUUCCCUUUCUGACGGCUCCAAAGCUGAUCAUGAACCGCUAUGUGCUUUAACAUACACAUUUGUGAGUUUUUGUGUAGUUUACCAUUAAUGCUAACAUUAAUCAGCUGUUAUCAUUAGCAAAGCUCUCUUAGGCCAUUUGGUGCUGAUGAAGGUUUGGUCUUUCUGACGUGAGGGUUUGAAUCCAGAUUAAUGCUAGAAAACAGAACUUCUGAUCUACCGAAGAAUGUUUCCAGUGUACCGUUCUUCAUAAGAGCUUAUGUCCAUGAUAAUAGAUUUAAUGCUCUAAACAUUCUCUAGAAAGCUGUUUUUGGAAAUGUUCUAUACAGACUCAAAGGUGUUUUCAUGUGUAAAGCUGUGUAAUAAACAAAACAACAAUGUACAAACGUUUCUUUAUUUCAAGGGACUUUUUCCAUUGAAUGGAAAAGUGAUUAAUUCAUUUAUCAUCAAACAUCCUUCCUGUUGUUCAGAUUACGGACAUAAAAGCAGACGGGCGUUACAUUCAGUGUUUAGGUGACGCAUCGUAAACUCCAGCUUCAGCCACACCCGGAAAUGGCACAAGAACACAGACGGGAAGUCCAGCUGGACACGGUGGGAUCUGAGAGCGGACCUCCUUUAAACACCUCAAAGAUGGGACUUCACCAACUAAUAAGGCUCGGCCAUAAAUUAUAUUCUAGAAAUUAAGAAGAGCAAAC